AUGCUGAUUCGGUGGUGCCGGGGGCUGCCGGCGUUGGGGCCGAUGCCGGACAUGUUGGCGGCCGUGGCUUUGUCGACGGUGGCGGGGGCGGCGCCGAUGCAGUCUCUGCAGCCGCCGCUGGAGGACUGCGAGCGGGGCACUGGUCACAAGCCGCAGCGGGCGAGGCGGCAGGAGGCAUGGUUGGAGGGACGGCAGCGGUUUCUGGCAGAGAGGAGCCCGCACCAGGAGCGCGGGAAUGCGAAUUUCGUGGAUUUUCGGAGCUUGGACUGUAAGAAGAUUGAGGAAGUUUUCUUGGGACUGGGUUCUAACGUGUCGGGAUACCAUCUGGCGGCCGCGUUCGCUCGGUUGAAGAAGAUCAAUGAACGCCCGCCGGGACACCUCCUGGACGCCCUUGCUCAGUUGACGAUGCACGUGGGCGAGGCCAGGCUGCACGUCAGGGACAGCGUGUCAAUAUUCAGCUCGUGCGCUAGCAUAGGAUACUUUAAUUCGGAUUUGUGCAACUUUUUGGGAGGCCAGAUAAUAAAAUUUCAAGAUUUUAUGGGCGCAAGGGAGGUGGGCGACCUUAUUCACGGCAUUACAACGCUUAGGAAGGACUGGUACAGGGCCAGGAGCGACAAGCUGGGAUCGCGACACACGCCACCAGUCUGGAAUGAAGAAGAAAAGAUGUUUGGAAUGGAGGAUGACCUUCUGAGUUGUGCAAUCUCAAGAGUUUCUUUCCAAAAAUUGAAAGGGGCCAGCGACCCCAGCGCACUGACGAGCAUAAUGGUGGGAUUGGGCCAAAUGGGAUGUGGAAGCGAAAGGGUGCUGGGUGAACUUGCCAGGACUGUGACAGACCGAAGGAUUCUGAUGCAUAUGAAGGCAAGGGAUCUGGCACAGUUCCUGGUCAGUUUUGCUCGCCUUCGCUACAAAGGGGAGGCGAUCGACAUAUUGGCACAGAGGGCUGUCGGCUGCUUGGAUCACUUCAACGAGCUGGAGCUGUCCAACAUAGCGCAUUCCCUGGGCCAGGUGGCUUAUACCAACAGAGCUGUUUUAGGUGUCCUUGCGAAAGAGAUGGCAAACCCCCAGCGGUUACACCGGUACAUACCCCAGGGGCUGGGCAUGGUGCUGCACGGCCUUGCCAACUGCCAUUUCUCUGAAUUUGACGUCAUAAAUGCCCUGGCAAAGGAGUGUUCAAGGCCAGCACGGCUGGAGGCAUCCAGCGCACAGGACCUUGCGGUGGUCAUCUACUCACUGGGCAAGAUGGGCUUUCGCAAGAUGGGGAUAUUUGUGGUGUUGGUGGGCGAGGCUGUGAAGCCCUGCAGGCUCCCGCAGUUUACAGGACAUGGGUUGGCAAACAUCCUGUACGGCAUGGCCAAGACAGAGUUAUGCCUGGCUGGCCUGGUGCUGCCCUUAGCGAAAGAGAUCGCUCGCUCAGACCGCCUACGGGAGUUUUCAGAGCAGGGCCUGUCCAACAUCUUGUACUCGUUUGGGCUCCUGGGCUUCAAGGACCCUGCAAUACUGCACCAAGUCGCUGUGGAAGUUAUGUGCCCCCGCCGUUUGCGGCGAUUCACAAACCAGGCCCUGGCCAACAUCCUCUAUGGACUUUCCCUCAGCAGAUUUGGCGAAGUAGGGCUGCUGGCACCCCUGAAUGCUGAGGCCACGGACGGGCGCCGAAUGUCACACUACCCAGAUCAGGGCUUGAUCGCCAUGAUGUUUGCAUGUGGGCAGCUGGGAUUGAGGGAGCCUGUGCCAGCUCUGUUGAAGGAAUUCUUCGCAAGGGUUGAUAAGGUGUCCUUGACUGGCAGAGUGGCAAUUCUUUCUGCUUUGGGCAACCUGAACUACAGGGACAAUCAAGUUGUGGCAAUGCUCCUUGGCGACCUGCUGUCCAUGAAUGUGCUCCGACAGCUGAGGACCAAGCACAUAGGCGAUGUGCUGCGCGCUCUGGCCAGGCUUGACUAUCGAGACGACGAUGCAGUGGCCGUGCUUGUAAAUGAGGCCAGCACACCACACCGACUGCCAGAUUUUUUGAAACACAGGUUCACACGUCUGGUACACAGCCUUGGUACGCUGGGUUACACAGAUUGCCGCAUUUGGGGCCUUCUGGUGCUUGAAGGCAUUCGAAGGGCGCCGUCCUGGACACCUUGGGAGAUGGCGAGGGCCCUUGUUGGGUAUGCGAAGGGCAAGGUGCAAUCCUUGCCACUGUGGGAGAAGGCUGUCGUGGAGAUGCAGGCAGAGGGCUGGUUUGACGAUUGUGUGGCAAGUGACGCCGCAAAGAUUGCGUGGGCCCUUGGUGAGGUGGGGUUCUAUGCUGAGGGAGUUUUCACAUCACUGGUUGACAAAUUCACAAAAGAGCAUGAAUGGAGGGAGGAAACCAUGCACGAAGCAACAUCUGUGAUGUUCGCAUGCGGAGUACACAACCACUGCUCAGACUCCCUUAUCAAGCACAGCCUUGCAAACCUGCUGUGGGAUGCCCCCAAAGCGGGUGCUGAUCUGUCCAAAUUCUGGGAUCCUCCAGGCCUGGCAACUGCAGCGUGGUACCUAGCCGUUGUGGACCAUCUGGACUCGGGGACUUUCUCUCGGCUCUGUCAGCAGAUGGUGCAACUUGAGAAAACUGGCCACGUCUUAGGGCAUGAGGACUUGAAUCAACUCUUUCUUGGUCAUCUGUGUGCAAAGUUGGAUUCAGUUGAUGCUGAAGGCACGUUGCGCAAGGAGGUUGCCCAGGCGUUGGAGAGCAAAGAGGUCUCGUCAUUGCUGUUGCGGGCAAGAGAGGGCUACCUACAGCACCUGUCUCCUCAGUGCCCACCAUCUGAUGCCCAAAAUACAGUCCUGCUGACGCUGGACAGGCUGGGAAUGAGCUAUAGGCCGAACCCACUGCUCAAAGAGGCUUGCCUUGUUGUGGAUGCUGAAUUGGUGGGUGAAAGGACUGUUGUUAUGGUUGAGGGACCUGACUGCUUCACCAGCAACAAGCCUGCAUCACAGCACCGGCGUCGUGGAAGUGCUGUUCUCAGGAAUCGCCUGCUUGGGAGACAGGGCUGGAAGGUGGUUUGUGUGCCAUUUUAUGCUUGGGAGCAUUUGGACGAGUCUGGACAGGAGGACUACCUACGCAGUGCCUUGAGAGAACAGGGGUCAGGUGAACGAUGCCAGCAAGGCGUGGUGGCUAGGCAAGGGUCAGCAGAGGGAGCAGGAUAA